UUUUCAGUAGGUUCACUUAAAUAUAUUUCCAGUCUUGAUAUCACACUUUUUAUCUUUUCUCAUCUCGCAAAUUCCUGUACAGUGAUGAAUUACGAGGCAAUCUUCAAAGCAUUCGACAAGGACCGAGAUGGGUUUCUAUGUGGCAAGGAGCUGGGCAAGUGUAUGAAAAAAGCACUGGGAGGCAGAUACAACAAAGAUGAUCUCAAGUUCAUUAUCUCAUGUGCAGAUAAGGACCUAAAUGGGAGAAUGGAUGCAGAAGAGUUCCGUGUAGCAGUUACAGUACUGAAGAAAGUAAAGUUGGCGGAGCUUAAAGAGCUGCGGGAAGUGUUCACUAGGUUUGACCUGGAUGGAAACGGGACGAUAUGUAGUAGUGAAUUUGAGAAGUGCAUGGAGAAACUGGGACAAGCUCUGUCGCCUGAAGAGUGUAAAGAGAUGAUAAAUGACGCUGAUAAAGAUGGAGACGGCCUAAUUAGCUACCUUGAGUUUGCUCUAAUGGUGAAGGAGGCAGAGGAAAGGCACGAAAUGAUGGGCGACGAGGAGUCACUAAAGGAAGCGUUUAAAAUGUUCGAUGAGAACGGUGACGGUCACAUUGACAAGGAAGAGCUGAAACAGGUGUUAGCCACCGUGAACCCCGACCAAACGCUCAGUGAUAAGGAGUUAGAGGACAUGUUUAAACUGGCUGAUCUAAAUGGAGAUGGGAAGAUCACGUUCGAUGAAUUCCAGAUACUCAUCAACGCAUGA